AUGAGCACCCUAGCAGCUAUGAACUCACAAACUUCGUUUCUAGACUUACCACGAGAGGUACGCGACAUAGUCUAUGACUACGCCCUCCAAGACGUCAAGUUCAGCAACGCCUUUACAACUCAAACCGCUUAUUCCCCUAAUGCCCUUCCCUUACUCUACGUCCAUAAAAUCAUAUCAGAUGAUCUUCAGCCUCGCCUUUAUCAAAACCACGCUAUUGUUAUUCCGCUUCAAGAACCUAGCACUUAUGCAACUGGUGAAUGGAGUAUAGUUCCCAGGAUUGCCUGCUCCAAGAUGAUGAAGCAACGCUCCAAGACCCUCAUCAUUGAAAUGUCCCAGACGACUAUCUCCUACUAUCCUGAUUCAGACCUGGAAGAAGAUUAUGAUGAAGCUCCCGUUGAGGUUGAGCUCUUUUGGGACGAUCUUGACAGUCGAGGUGCAAAGGCAUUGCCCCAGAAGCUCAUCAACGAUAUUCUCGCUCUGAAACAAAGUCUCCCAGCCCUCAGAACCAUCAAGUUUGUCUUCUGGUUCGGGAAAUGGACAGCGUGGUGCAGUGUUUGGGAGAAGCAUCUCGAGAAGCUCAGGGCGAUUUGGCCAGAGCCGUUGCUGAAGUUCGAGUUGAAUCUGUUUGAGUAUGUAGACGACCAGGUUGCGGACGGCGGAUGGAACUGGAUCGAGGAAUGGUAUUACUGGGCGAUAGAGAGAAAGAGGAUCUGGUUUCAGGCGAACAACUUCAAGUGGAAAGACCAUGCCAAGGGGGAUUUUCGAGGUCGUAGGAUUGAUGUUCGGGUGUGGCAGGAUGAAGAGUUCAUGGAUUGGGAUGAGGACGAAGCUGAUAGAGCUCUUCACAAGAGGCGCUGCGAGGUGAAGCCUUUGUUUGUUAGGACAUGCGACAUGGAAGGACGAGUGUGA